AUGUCAGCUCAAAACUAUGCAAACGUGUUAGAAGGAAUUGAAAUCAAUAACUCAGAUCAAGGAGAGACCAAUGCGACUCAAAAUACAAACAUGAUUCAAGACGAACAAGUAGUGAGAAAAACUCGGUCAGGCGCAAUUCAUAAGAAGCAACAAGAAGAAAAAGAAACACCGGAGACAUUGAAAAAGAAAGCUGGGAAGAAGAAAAAGGAGAAAGUGGUAGUAGGAAAUGAGACUAUAAACGAAGUGCAAGAUCAAGACAUUACCCAAGUUAACGAUGAAGAUAUAGACAAAUUAGAAUAUGUGGAUCAAACAGAUACGCAAGAGGAAGAACAGAUUAGAGAUAGUAAUGAUGUAAUAGGAGUUGUGACUGGCUUAGAUGAAAAUCAAUUAACCCGAGAAAAGGGAAAUUGCAAAACGUACGGGAAAUCUACAAGAUUGACCCAGAAAACAAGGGAAAUCCACAGGAUUAACCCAGAGAACAAGGGAAACUAUAGAGUUGACCCAAAAUAA